AACUGCUGAGGUCGGAGCGGAGGGUGUGCGCCCAGACGCGGCUGGAGUCUGGCCCCCGGCGGCUCCCCUCCCCCGCGCCGCUCCAGGUGCCACGGCGCCGCCCUCCCCUGCACCUGGCCCGGCGCUGCGUCACUCAGGCCGGGGACAAAGGGCGGAGCGGCGGGUCCCGCGGCAUCCCCGGGCCUGACACGUAAGCCCCCUGCGGAUUGUCGGACAGUCCUGGGGAGGGGACCUCGGGAGAGGCCGCUGCGUCAGCGGGCCAGAAGGUGCGGGAGCCCGGAUCCCCGAGCCCUCAGCCCAGCCACUCACCUGAACUUGAACUCCAAGCCCUGCGGGGCGCUGUUCCAGAGUGGGAUUCGCAUAGGGCACUGCAGCCCGCGUCCGCCUCGGGCUCCCUCCUGCCCCGAGACCAGCGCCAGCGGGCGGCACCAUGGCCGUGAGCCUUUUGCAGGACUGGUGCAGGGGGCUGGACGUAGACGUGCACAGGGCCCUCCUGGUCACCGACAUCCCCGAGGGCCUGGAGCAGGAGGCCAUCGAAGCCGCCCUGCAGCCCGCCUUCCUGCCCCUGGGCGCUUUCAAGCUGCGGAACACGAGAGCCGUGAGGGACGAGAAGGCCAAGGCGGCGCUGGUGGAGUUUGCGGAGGACAUUAAUCACUCCGCCAUCCCCAGGGAGAUCCCGGGCAAGGACGGCGUCUGGCGGGUUCUGUGCAAAGACCGCGCGGAGGACACAAAAGUCCUGACGCAGAUGAAACGCUUGCUGCUGGAUGAAAGGCCCGCGCAGGCGGAGGCGGCCGGGGCCCCCGCGCACACGCCCACCCCGCCCGCCUCGGAGACUGAGGCCCAGGGCUCGGAGCCCACGGCCAGGGAGGCUGGCCUCCCUCCCGCUGUCGCCAGCGGGGCGAGGAGGGGCCGUCGGGGUCGCAGAAGCAGAGCCAGAGGCAACAGGUUGUCCGAUGACAGCCUGGGCAUCGUGAUCGAGGAGAUCGCCGAGGACGACCUGAGCGGCGACCAUGACCAGAGGGCGCUGUACGCCACGCUCCAGGCCGCCGCCAAGGAGCUGGCGAAGAAGUGGGCCCUGCAGGCAGAUGCGGACGACGGCGACGGUCCCCGCGAGUUCCUGGCCCUGGUGACGGUGACGGACAAGGCCAAGAAGGAGGCGAUGGACCACGCGCCCGCUGGGGCCGAGUCGGUCAGCCCGAACGUGGAGGACCCGAGGGCGGCGCCUGACUUGGUGGCCCUCCUUGCUGUCAGAGACGCGUCGGACGAGGAGCCGAUGGAGAGCGACGCUUCCGAGAGCGAGUCGCAGGAAAACGGGGACCAGGACCGAGAGGGGGUGGGCAACCCCGAGUUUGUGGCCAUCGUGGCGUAUACAGACCCCUCGGACCCCUCUGCCCGCGAAGAGAUGUUGAAAAUCGCUUCGGUGAUAGAGUCGCUGGGCUGGAGCGACAAGAAAGACACAGAGGAUGUCCUUCCGGAGGUCCUGUCCGUCAUGUCCAAGGACACGUCCGGAACCCGCGUGACGGUGGAGGAGGCAGGCCGCCAGGUGGACGCCAUGGUCCUCAGGAAGGCCAAGGACGACGGGAACCUUCUGGAAUGCAUCUCUACCUUGGCGGAGCCGGAGACCGCGCCCAAGGGGAAGAAGGCCCCGCGUGGGCUCCUCGGGGGCUGGGGUGAUGACGAGGAAGACGAGGGGGGCCUCCUGGAACUGGUGGCGCUCCUGGCUGCCCAGGACACGUCCGAGGCGAUGAAGGACGGCAAAGGAGAGGCCUGGGAAGGCGGGAAGUUCAAAUACGCCAAGGGCAGCCUGCGGGAGGUCCUGGCGCUCCUGGCCGCGCGUGAGAACCGGGAGUCGGAGGAGGAGUCCGAGGGGGCUUCGGACGGGGGCUCGGACGAGGCGUCCGAGGACACGGAGAGCGAGGAGUCGGAGCUCGAGGACCCGGCGUCCAGGAAGCCGCGGGCCAAGCGCGCCCGCACGGCCUCCAAGGUCCUGGGUCAGGCCGGCGCCUCCUCGGGGCCCCGCAAAACCCGACGGGGAGGCCGAGGCCGCGGCGGGCGGGGCGUCACUCCCGAGAAGAAAGCCAAGGACGAAGCGGCGGGCGACAAGAAAAAGAAGCGGCGUGCAGGCGCCGGGGCGCGCGCCAAGGCCGGCGACGCCAGAGGGCAGCCGCCCACCGGCUCCAAGUCGGCCCGCGGGAAGAAGGCUCGUCGGGGCCGAAGGCUGCCCCCCAAGUGCCGCUAGCGGCGCUCAGAGACGGCGUGGCCGCGGCCGGGGAUGUGGCCUCUCCCUCCGCGCUCCCUCCGCCCUCCCUCCAGCAGAAGCCGGUCUCCCGCUUAACCGUGCGCUCUGUGCUCUGCUGUGCGCGCGGCGCGCACCGCGGGUCUCACCUUCACCUUCCAGUUCCUCCUUUGCAGGUGGCCCGAGCGACCCUGACAGACGAAGGAGAGAGAAACAGGCACCCCUGGAGGCAGCAGCCCCAGGUGAUGGGCUCUUGUUUUAGGGGCACCAAGUGGGCGUGGCUUUGGGUGGCCCACGGGAGUGUGUCCGUGGAGACGGGCACGGCGAGAGGUCAGCAGUGCCAGAGAGUUCUUUCUGGUUCUCUGUGGGGCCCGAGUGGUUCCAGACAUAUGCUUCUGGCCACUGUCCCUCCGCCUCAAUCCGUUGGAGCCUGAGGUCUGUGCUGAAGGCUUGGCCACCUGCUGGGUGGUGGGUGUCAGGAUGGAGCCGAGUUCCCUGCCUGGGGGAACAGAUCAUUCGGGAUAUGCCUGGGCGUGUAACUUCUCCAGAAAGAGAAGCCUGAGAGGCAGAGGGGGCCGCUCCUGGGAAAAGAGGAGAGGUGGGAAGGCGAGGGAGGAGUGGGGGACGCAUUACCAGGAGCUGGAGAGGAGGAGGAAGAAAUGGAAGGACCAAGCAGCCCCGCCCACCUCAGGUGCAGCUGAAACAAAUGAGCCAGCUCCUCAAGGCGAAGGCCACCUGCUGGUGUCCACAGGCUGAUUCUAUCAGUCGGAUUGCACUGUUUUCCAAUGAUUUGCCACCGUUUUCAGUUUGGGGCAAUUCACACCCAGAUGAUUGGCUUCUCUCUGCAGUGCCAGGCGGCGUCCCUCCCUCAGGCUGACCAGCCCCUGAUUUAAGAUGAUAGGGUCUCCCAGUUCACCUGCUGAGUGAAUUAAAUACCGGAGGGGACCUGAGGGGACCCCUGAGAGGUGGGGGCUGGUCCGGCCAGCGUGGGAGCUGACCAGGGGCCUAGAGAGGAGGUGUCUAGAGAGGAGGAAACGCCCCUGGGAGAGAGCUGCAGUCCAGCCCUGGAGUCCCCUCCCACCCCCGCCCCCCCAGUAACCUGGCCUGGCGCUGUUGGGGUCAUCACCUGCUGUCCCAAAUGCAGAUGCUUCCGUGUCCUCUCAGUGUCUGUGUGGUGACCUGUGCCUCGGCCCUCUCCGCCCAUCUCAAUGUUUUCUCUCAGUAGCGACCUCCACUGGACACCCCACCAGUCUUGGGGGCUGUAUGUGUAUCUGUGUCCCGGUUCCCGUCCCCCGGAGGUGACCAGCCCCUCGUGCCGGGAAGGUCCUCCCUGCGUGUCCUGAGCAAGGCACAGGGGCCUGGGCGUGUCCUCGCAGCCCAACCCGACUGUCUGAGCCGAGCCCCACCUUGGGGCGUUCAGACGCAGAAGCGGACUCGGGGGCUCCUGGAGUUGGCCCCCUCGGCCGCAGGGACCACCACCCUGUGACGGAGACGAGCUUACCACGGAUGGGGGCGGAGUGGGGCUGAGGAGAAAGGCCCCGCCUCCCUGGGGUCUCAUGGACUUCAGGGCCUGGGCCUGGGCCCAGUGGCCUCCGGAGGUGCCUGGGCUGGGGCGGAGCCCCGCGUGUGACCCCUCUGACUUCUCCCGCGGCAGUUUAGGGCCCUCUCCUUGUGCACUUGUGUCUCCCGGGAUCCCCCAGUAAAGUGAACUAAAUAUUCCGGCCUGGUCUCUCUAUUCUCCGGGCAGUGGGGGCGGGGAGCGUCCGGGAUGCCCCGCCCGUUGUGACUUUCAGCAAGAGCAUCCUGGGACUGCCCUGUCACUGAUUUACACCCGGUGUCCUUUCUGCUUCCAUGCUUGUGCCCCCGCCCCCAGCCCCCUGCCCUAAUCCACCGACAGAAAUUCUGCCAUGCCCUGGCGUCUAAAUGCUCUGUCCCUGGCCUCCUUCCCCAGCUCCAAUCUCAGCUGUCCCUUGCUUGCCCUGUCGUAUCUUACCAGGUCCCAGCCGUCCAUCAUCUUUAGGUCCCUGCCACCAAACCCCCUUUGCUGGCCCACCCAACUACACCUUUGGGGCCCCAGCCCUCAUCCUCAAUCCUGGCUCCGAGCUCACCUUCCUUCCCACGUCCUGGUCAAACCUCUGCCCCGUUCACUAGCUCCCGUGUCAGUUUCCAUCCGAUCUUACCUCAUCAGACCCCAGCCUGAACACGCUCUCGCCCC